AUGUUAAUGAACCUAGAUCCUCAGCCACUGAUGUUCACCCAGGCACCAAAGAGAGAAGAUAUGCAACAUCUUGAAAUGGUACCAUCUAAAUUUGGAAAUGUCCCUAGAAAUUCAGUUCUUGCAUAUCAACAAAAGCUCUCUCAAGAGUAUGUAAUUAAUGACUUUUCAUGCACAGARUUUCCAGCAUUGCCUUUGGAGAGCGCUGUAGAUAGGAUUAAAAACAAAGUCAGCAUCUGUUUACCACAAGAGAAACAGGCAAGCUUAGAUUCUCUCAUCAUAUCUCAUGAUAAAGCUGUUGAGCUGGAGAAUGCAACUCUAUCACAAUYUGAUAGUCAACUUUGGUUCUCUUUGAGAGAGAAACGCAUAACUGCAAGUAAGUUUGGACUUUUAGCAAAACGAUUGUCAGGUUUUGAAAAUCUUGUAAAACAAAUGMAUCCUUCGAGAAGGGUUGUGACUGCAGAUAUGCAGCGUGGUAUAGACAUGGAGGCCACUGCUGCCUCAUCAUAUGCAAGCACUGCUAAGGAUGGAAAAGUGAAUUUGUAUCCAUCAGGACUGGUCAUAAACCCUGCAUGCCCCUGGCUUGGAUGUACCCCAGACCGAAAGGUGUAUGACAUGCAUGUAGAGGAACAACAUGACAUGCCUUUCGGUCUUCUUGAAGUCAAAGUCACUAAAGAGAGUAGUAUAGGGGAUGGGGGUUCCAGCGCAAUGACCAUCGGAGGAUUACCCGUCUAA